AUGGCACCGAAACUCAGCCACCAGAGGGUCACAUAUGUGCUCCCUCUGCCUGAUGCCCCAGGCGGGCACCGGCUGGGCGUCAAUGGUCUGACCGUGGACCGUCAGAACUCCAUUCUUUAUUCCGCUGGCCGUGAUGGUGUUAUCUGCUCGUGGGACCUUGACUUCCCCGCCUCUUCUCUCCCUGCCACGAACCCCUUCUCAAGUGCGAAUCGAAAACCCGGCCCCUCUCGCUUUAAGACUCAGGUCCAAGCACAUAGCCACUGGAUCAAUGACAUCGUUUUGACCCAAAGCAAUUCCGCACUGGUCUCCGCGUCCUCCGACACCACCGUUCGUCUCUGGCGCCCACAUUCAGAGUCUACUGAAGUUCCGGAGCGCAUUGGAAAACAUACAGACUAUGUCAAGGCGUUAGCUACUCCCGGAGAUCAUGCUACCUGGGUUGCGUCAGGUGGCCUUGACCACAAACUCUCCUUAUGGGAUUUGGAGGGGUACGGUGAAAUCUUGGGGAUUGACGCAUGUGCAGACGAUUCGACUGAAAAGGGAUCCAUCUAUGCCUUGGGUGCUGUCUCUUCUGUGCUUGCCAGUGGUGGCCCGGAAAAGGUGGUUCGGGUAUGGGAUCCCCGGUCGGGGAAGCUGGUGACCAAGUUCGUGGGCCACACUGAUAACGUUCGGGACAUUCUCAUCAAUGAAGCAGGAGAUACAAUUAUGACAGCCUCGUCCGAUCAGACUAUCAAGAUUUGGUCUCUCACUGCAGGCCGAUGCAUGAACACACUUACCAUGCACAAUGACAGCGUAUGGUCGCUUCAUUCCGACCACCCAGAUCUCUCUGUGUUCUAUUCUAGCGACCGCUCAGGGUUGGUCGCGAAGACCGACCUUCGACGCUCAUCCGAUGUCGAGCAAGGACUAUGUGUUGCAGCAUUACAAGAGCAUGAGGGUGUUGUGAAAGUCGUUGCUUCUGAUGACUUUAUCUGGACCGCUACUCCCAAAUCAAGCAUCAACCGCUGGAAGAACGUUGACACUACCCUUGACAUUGAACUCCCGCCUGACCUUUCCCGAACAGUCGAUGCGCCCGAGGAUACACCACCUGGAUCUCCUCAAAAACCCGCGAAAAUCCCUUGGAAUGCAGUUUUGCAGCUGUCGGCAACUUCUUCGUUAUUGAGCGGAGGCACUGCAUCGGGUGUCGCAUCUCCGGAACCAGAUCUAGAGAAUGAUAUUGGGCUGACUAUCCCGCUUCAAUCAUUACCAGACGAGUCUAUUGAAGGACAGCAUGGCUUGAUCAAAUGCUUGAUGCUAAACGAUCGGAGACGAACGCUCACACAAGAUUCUGCAGGAGAAGUCGUUCUCUGGGACCUGAUUAAGUGCAUUCCUAUCCAACAAUUUGGGAAACGACACCUGGAUGAUGUAGCCGACGAAUUGAACACAGUACAGAGUAUCUCACAUUGGUGCACCAUUGAUGUCCGGACGGGCCGUCUUUCUGUCAUAUUAGAACCCAACCGAUGCUUUGAUGCUGAAGCCUAUGCGGACGAAAUGGACUUUCCGAAGGAUGUCCUCUCUCAGUUCCGAGAUGACCAGCGAAUCAACCUUGGUAAAUGGGUCCUUCGUUGGCUCUUUGCGCCUAUGGUAGAUGAGCAAAUUCGACGAGACAACGAGUUUCGUGAAGCGGCUGUGGCGAAAGCGGAAGACGAGCUGGCACGGGUUGAUCCUACGACAAUAUCCACUCCAGGUGAUGAUAUUCCUCGAAGCCGGGGAAGUCCAAGCACUAUUGGAUUUGGGAUCCAUGCCGGUACACCUGCUUCAGCGAGCUAUCUGAGCACUUCCAUGCAGAGUAGCGUCUCGCCAUUCCCACCUUUUGAGGCAGAAACUCCCGAUAUUCCCACUUCCGCUCAUCACGAUGGGCCCCCAUCAUCAUUCUCGGAUAGAUAUGGCGAUUACUUCUCUUCCAGACAGGCACAAGAGUCCGAUAAGCUACCUAUGUCUCCAUCGGAUGCGAACUCAACCUCGGGGAACCCAACAUCUCCAGGGCUUGAGCCCCAGGAACGAAGAAGAGGUGGUUCGCUGUUUGGCAAAAAGUUCAGGAUGGAGUUCCCCAAAAAGCUGGGCCGUACUUCCAUAGAUCAAAAGCCACAGAUCCAGGAGAAAACGGAAGAGUCAGAAGAGAUGUCUUCUGUCAAGGAAGAGAAGGUUUACGAGCCCAACAUCAGAGGCGUGGUUGCUCGGAUUCACCAUGAAUACGAUGAGUUCUUGUCGGCGAAUCCUGGCCGUGAAUUGGUGACUGCCAUCACUCCUAGCACUAUCAGUGAAACACCGCGAGUCGAUAUCCCAGCUCGGACCAGUGUUUUCAUUCAAGAAGAAACCGGCGACACCGCUGUGGCUGCUGAUCUCUAUCGGGGCAACGUCGGUCGCAUUGGCCAGGAGAUCGAUUUAUUAGAGAAAGCAAUCCCUCACUGGCUUGGCGAGCUGCUUCUGAAGAACCAAAUCCCCAUGAAAGAACAAGUUAAGAUUGCUUUCAUUCUCAAGCCAUUCGAUGACUCGUUGCCACCAAUUGCAAAGCCGGAAGUCGCCUCUGCCACCAGUGGUCCAGCAAACACGACGAACAAUAAUUCUCGUCUGAAUGCCAACCGGAUGCUUCGCGCUAAGAAGGUGCUUGCCUAUGUGGCUGAACGAAUUGAUCCUCCCCGACCUGAGGACCCUGAAGGUAGUGCAAUGCCACCGGAGGAGUAUCUUGAAUUGUAUUGCCAGAAGAUUCAAUGUCCACCUAACAUGACACUGGCCACAAUUCGCAACCAUCUUUGGCGUACCUCUGGGGAUAUGAUCCUGUACUAUAAAACCAAUGGCAAAAAAGAGAUCCACCCCCCACCAUCUCUCAUGUCGACACCAGGUCUCGCCAUCCCUUUGAGUGAGAAUGGUGCCACAAAUGGUUUCAACCUUGCGACCGGUAGCGCACCGCCGGGCAGUAUCCACUCUGUCACCAACUCUGGCUCAGUGGCUGGCUCUGCUAUCACUUAA